AUGUAUCAAUAUGGAAUUGUGCCAUGGGUUGAAAUUAACAAGAGCUGGUAUUGCUUAUUGCAAGUUAGCUUUUCCUCGUAUGAACUGGACGUCAAACUUGAUCCUUUGAGAGGAACUAUGAAACCGAAUGAAACACCAGUCCAAACUGCAAUCAGAGAAGCAAAGGAGGAGUCCUUCAACGUUCUUGAUUUCAGUAACGUUGAACAUAUUUUAGCAAGACAAAAACCUGUGUUGGGAUUGUAUCAUGUCCAGCUGUUGUUUGAUUAUGAAAACGCAAUACAAGAUAUUCUACUGGCUUUUGAUCAUCAACAAAAGGAUAAGAAGGAAGUGGACGGUUUGAUGCUUUUUACACAAGAAAAAGGACCACCCAAGGGUGUUCGUAUCAGUUCACAAGUGGAAUCGAUGCUUCAGAAUAUUCCUGCUAAAAUUCCUGUCAAGAUGAAAAAACGUCAAAACCUCACAUGUGUAUCUUUUGUCGCCGAACCAGUUUCAGAUCCAGCUACUUCUUGUACAACCGUGAUUGUCAAACACUAUUUCACAAAGUUUGUUCACAGGUUACAAAAGGAAGAAGGCUUUAGAAAGAAGUUUAUCCAACAAAUGAUCGUCCAAAAGCUGAUCGAUUAUCCACAAGAUUUGGAUGCUGUUAGAGAAAAACUCAAGGAUGACCGUGAUAGUUUCCGCGUAAUUAAGAAGAAAUGGAAGAGAAUGAAAAAGAUGAUGACCAAGAAAUAA